CCGAGCUCUGAGAGGAGCCUUUACAUAGACACCUGCCUGGGAUCAGCUAUUGUUUGCAGUGAUGGUGUACUGAUAUUGUUUGUCAGUUGUCGUUGUACUAUGAUGCAUGCUGAGUGAAUUUGUUGAUUUUGUUACAGACGACAGAUUUUUUUUUUCAUCUUGGAUUUUUUUCAUCUUGAAUGAUUUGAGGAAACACGAGGCGACGGUUGGCUGAGUAGACAGUUUUUUUCUGAAAAACAUCUAGAUCUUAUCAAUUGGCGCUUGACUCAUGAGAAGAGAGGAGGACAAGUAGCAGACCAGGCAGCCUUCUCCUCUACGGGGGAACACGACGUGACCCACCUGACCAAGCAUCUGUCCUUACUCACUACUGCCAGACGCUGAGUUGAAGGGGGGACGCCCUGCCAACAAACACUUGCUGAGUAUCCGAAGACACCCCACGCACUAAUGGUGACACGCCGAGUCGCCUCUUCCACCUGACGGACCGUACAUGAAGUUGAAGAUAGAGCGACUUCAAGUUGAAGUGGAAGAGAUCAUUGAACAGUAGCUGAGAGCUCCACCACAAGGAGUGACGCCUUACAUCAACGACCAAAGAUCUGGACCAGGAACAGGCGACAGGACUGAGUUCUCCUCAAGACCUUUGGCUGUGCCCACUCAACACGGAUCAGGAGUUUGACACCAGGACGCUCAAAAAUUCAAACUUCAUGUAGACAUGUUUACCCCAGUCAAUUAUCCAAAGCCCUUUCACCUGGACAACAUAAAGGCUAUAGUGGUUGUAGCUCCAGGCACCGUCACCGACCGCGUCUGGAGAGGCUAUGAGAGCAGCAAUGCUUGGUAUGCCCGUCUGGGAUACCAGACAGAGAACCCGGCCAAGCUGCUCCAGUGGGAGGUGUACGAACUGGGAGAUUGCUGCCUGUGUGGCAUUGCCUCUGCCACGGUGUACUGGAGAGGUCCCAGGACCGAAAAGACAGCAAUAAUUCCACAGUCUGUUCACACUCGUAAGGAUAAAACCGUCAUUGGCCCGAGGGAAGGCCCAAGCGAGUGUAGGGUGCUUCUCUGUCGGACAUGUUACAUGAACUACGGGGCAAGGUUAGCCAUUGCUACCUAUCCCCCUAUGGACAAAACUUCCUGUGUCAAGUGUGAGUGCAAAUGGGAUGGUGAGGUGCUCCACAAAUGCCCUGACCACUUGGAUGUUGUAGUGCAAUGCGGCCACCAUGUGAACCGCGGCGAAGGGAGUUUGCUUGCGGCUCCCGAGCAGGUCACACCAUUAACUAUCAAAAGAGAGAACUCCCAUGACAGUUUAGAAGACUUGAAUCCUUCACCUAAGACAGAGCUAGAUGCCCUUAUUGAGGCGUCGUUCCCCAUCCCUGAUGCUUCUAGGCCAAACAUCAAACUGUAUUCUAGAGCCCCUGAGAAGGUGAGGCUGGCUGACACCCCAUCCAGGGCUAACGUAAUAACAGAAGAGAGCUGCAAAGGAAAGGUCAUUGACAUGUCAGUCCAGGAUGUAGUGAAGGCUAUGAUGCGUGCAAGGUCAUGCAUCAGCCAGCGGGCCAAGGCUCAACCGUUUACGAGUGGCUACUCGUCCAAAAGAUUUUAUGACUGGUACACCAACUGUACUCCUUGCAAAAAUUUAGCCAAAGAGGGGGAAGUCCUAACUUGGGAGGUCUUAGCUGCACCCAUACCAAUGCUGCCCAAAUCUACUGGGGAGGGAAACACGUCAGGGUCUACAAAAGACAACUUGGGAAUGAUCAGUGUGUUCUCAUGGGUGAAGAUUCAAAUCCACCUUGAUUUAAACAUCAACGGGGCAGUGAAGGCAAUGGCGGUCAGUUUUAGUCACGUCAACAACACCGCUGACCAGCUGACUAACCGUUUUGAAACAGAACAGGGUUACAGUCUUAGCCCAGAAAUUAGCACUGCAGACUUGCCGUCUGGCGACGUCAGAGCUGAAAAGCAGACAGAAAGCCCAGUAGUCAGCAAAGCACAGAAGAGAAAGUCAAACGCUGUGACACAAACAGCCCAGACCCCGACCUCGAACCUUGGUGAGAGUUCAGAAAGUGAUGGACCCCCUACAAAGGUGGCUCAUACUGCAGAGGUAUGGGCUAAGCCCAGAGGGUCAACAGGUACAGGCAGUGCCAGUGGUCCUCAGAUGAAAGGAGAUGUAGAAAAGAAAGAAAGCACUGAAAGACCAACAGCCCAUGUGCAGACCUCAGACCGUGGGAAGAGUUUAGAAAGAGAUGAACCCCCUGCAAAGGUGGCUCGCACUGCAGAGGCACCAGCUAAGCCGAAAGAGUCAACAUGUGCACGCAGUGCCAGUGGAACUCAGACCACAGGAGACGUAGUAAACCAAGAAAGAGCUAACAAACACACAGACCAGAAGCAGACCUCAGACCGUGGGAAGAGUUUAGAAGGAGAUGAACCCCCUGCAAAGGUGGCUCGCACUUCAGAGGCACCAGCUAAGCCGAAAGGGUCAACAGGUGCAGGCAGUGCCAGUGGAACUCAGACCACAGGAGACGUAGUAAACCAAGAAAGAGCUAACAAACACACAGACCAGAAGCAGACCUCGGACCGUGGGAAGAGUUUGGAAAGAGAUGAACCUCCUGCAAAGGCAUGGACUAAGCCAGGCUGGUCAGGGUCUUUCAAGAAGGAGGCCACCGUUCAACUAUACGAUGAGGAUGGUCGGAGGUUCCAGCACGAAGAAUUAUUUAACCCCAAGGUCUGGCAGAGCAUUGCCAUUGUUCGCCAUGGUCGUAUUCCUCGUCAUGAUCCAUUCAUGGCUUGGGAUGGACACUACUUGACCCGGAUAAUGGCAGAAUCCACAUUAUUGGCCGUCUCCUCUAUCAAGGUUCGCCCAGGGCUGCUGAGGAGGCGGAGUCCAGUGGAGGGUGCAAGGGAGGAAGCUCAGGUGGCCCUGUACCAAAACAACGAUUUCACUUGGGCUGUGAUCUCUGCUUUGGGGACAAGUGAGAGAACCAAACACCCAUGGAGCCCUCCACUGAUUGCUGCAAUAUUAUCUGUGCCUAGCCACCCGAGACAAUGGCAAUUGUUCAAGGGGGUUAAAGAAAGAGCGGACCAUCCCUGUUAUAUUAGAUCUUCUGCCGGUGACUUCCCAAGAGAGGGUGAAAAAGGCCAAGAGCCAUGGCAUGGAAACUUCAGAAACAACUAUCGGAUUCAGCCUUGGCAUACUGGGCACUUGCAGAGACAUACCCCUUAAGUGAGUGGCAAUUAGUCCUUGCCCCAUGCCAGUGCAACCAAAGCCAGGGAGGGAGGGAGAAUACGUAGCCCCUCUGUUUGUGCACUACCAAGAGAUACAGUACACGAGUGCUGACCUAGCACCUGAAACAUGGGUGCUUGUGACUCACCUACUGUCCAAUAGUGUUGCCAGAUGUGUCUGAUCAAAUCCCGUUCAAAAGGUGCUUAAAACACGGCAAGAAGUGCUAAAUUCCGCCCAAUUGCAACAAAUUGCAUUGAUUUCUAUGGGCUGCAGAAAAAACACCAAAUGGCCGAUUUUUCCCGUUUUUACCCGCAGACAGCCAUCCCAAGCAGCCCAAUUGGGCGGGUAACCACCCAAUCUGGCAACACUGCUGUCCAACCUCCCAACUUCCAUUUUCUCACUUGAUCACUGAACAAAUCCCCGCAAAGCUUGCCUGGAAUGAGACAAUCAACCUCUCACCAAUCAAAUGACAUCUGACCUGUCAGAGACUACAGGUGCUGUAAUUCCACAAAGGACUUACUGUAUUUUUAAAAACUUUUGUUCACUUGGUAUUACUAGAAAAAUAAUUUUCAAUUGUCCGGUUUAAACAAAGUCUGAAUGGGCCUGACUUAAAGGAACAGUCCACCGAUUUCCAAUAAUAAAGUAUGUUCAUCUCUGACCUGUGAUGAGUACAUCCUAACCUGUCUCGUCAUCGGAUGCAGCCCCAGUCAGCAACGCGCGCACCACCAACUCGUUAGCAUUAGCUUGGCUCAGCUUUGCCUUGGGGAGCAUCGGGUGGGAGUUAGAAGUUACCAAAUUGUUCCACAUUUUCCCUAUUUAAACAGCCUUGCAUGACUAGUUAACCGGUCCAAAAGCAGUUGCACCAAAUGAAACAUGGGGAUUUUCUCUCUAAAGAAAGGCGUAGUAACACAUUCGGAGCACUCCGACUUCGAUGCAUUGAUAUCUUCACCCCUCCCCCCUCCC